UCCCUUCUCUCCGCCACCGCCGACACGUGCGACCCGGAGCACGAAACCUGCGAAUGGGACGGCGCGGCGCCUCGGCAGCAAAGCUCAUCCACCGAGGCGGACAAUCCGAACUGCGUCGGAUGGGCGGCAGCCGGUGAGUGCAGCGCAAACCCGGUGUACAUGGCCGCGGCUUGCGCGCAAGCGUGCCGCGGCAAGCUUCCGGAAGGAGCGACGGGAGCGCAGCAGCAGACAACGACGGCGGUGGCAUCCGCGGCUUCAGCUUCAAAGGACGCCGACCCGCAUUGCCCUCUGUGGGCGUCCAAGGGCGAGUGCGAGAAGAAUGCGGCUUUCAUGGCCUCCAACUGUGCCACGGCAUGCGCCCGCCGGCGCGAGGAACGAAGAGACAAGGACCCGCAGUGCGCCGCGUGGGCUGCAGCCGGCGACUGUGACACGCGCGAGGCCUUCAUGCGGCGGACUUGUGCAACCGCGUGCGAGAGAGCGCUCGACGACCAGCUCGACGGGGCGGAGUGCGCUGCGCUGGUUGCGAAGGGAGCGUGCUCGACAGCAGGAGGGCUGGCGGCGUGCCGCUCCAGCUGCCUCGUCUCGCUGCACGCCAACCUCACCUCGGACACGGAGGGCAACUGCUGGUACUGGGGCACGGACGGCGAGUGCGACUCCAACGGCGUCUGGAUGCGCGAGACGUGCCCGCUGUCGUGCGCCAAGCUCGAGGCGUGCGGCGCGGAGCCAGAGUCGCCAGAGUGCGCGAGGCCCUUUGAGUGCCCCCCGGCGAGAGACCAGCGUCAGGACUGCAUCCGGCGAGCGCUGGCCGGGGAGUGCCGCGCCGGCGGGACGGCGGCGUCGGCGUGGGCGCCCGAGGGCGAGACACGCUGGGCUUCCUCCCACAUGGUCAAGAAAUGCUCCCUCUCCUGCCACCUCCUCGACCCCGCCUCGGUCGCGCGUGCUGCGGUCCGGCCGCCGGUGCGCCCCUCUCCGCUCGUGGACGCGCCGCCGCUCUUCGCGCUCCGCCGCCGCCACUCCCCCUCCCGCUGCGCGAUUGGGCACGGCGCCGCGCUGCUCGACGGCCGAUGCCCCAGCAGCAAGACCAGACGCCUCCCGUGGCGCCGCGUCCGGUGCCGCGAGGCUACAUCUCCGCCGCGGAUGACCCCUCGGCUGCCGCACCCUCGCCCCCUCACGCCGCCGGCCGGGGAGGAGGUGGGGUCGGGAGAGGGAGACGGCGCGGAGAGGGCGUGGGAGCCGUCGAUGCUGCGGGUGCAAACCAUCCUCGCGUCGCCGCGUGUGCGGCUAGUCCGCGGCAUCGUCACACCGGCGGAAGCGGAGCAGCUCAUCGCGGCGGCCGGCUCGCGGUUCGCGCCGUCGGGCACCGCCCGUGCGGGAUCGGUGGACUACCGCACAUCUGAGACGGCCAUGCUGCCUGCGGCCGCGCCGGCGGUUGCGGCGCUGCGGCAGCGCAUGGCGCACCUUAUGGGGUAUCCAGACGCGACCCUCGAGCCGCUGCAGUGCGUGCGGUACGUGCCGGGGCAGUACUACAAGCCGCACCACGACUUCUACAACGCUUGCGAGACGUGGCUCGAAGGCAACCGGCACUUCACCUUCCUGGUCUACCUGCGGGCAGUGCCGGGCGGCGGGGGAGAGACGCGCUUUCCGCGGCUCAACAUCACCGUCGACGCGACGCCGUACGCGGCGCUCCUCUUCAACAACUGCCUCGACAAUGGAGAGCCCGACGAGCGGACGCUGCACGAGGGAUUGCCGCCGCUCACCGCCACAAAGUACGCCAUCAACGGGUGGAUGCACUCGAAGGCGUUCUCCGGCGCGUCGCUCGACUGA